CUUUGGUUUGACUGCGUUUUGCGCGUCGUUUUACUGAAAUCGUCUAAAGAACAAUUUAAACCUUUUUCCGUCGUAAAUUUUGUCGCACCUCAGCAGCCACGCAUCAAGAUGGAAACGCCGCGGGGCAAGCUACGUAAAUUGCAUAUGGAGAACGUACAGAACUUGAGUACACCGAUUCGCAUACCGCCAUCACCAAUGCUGAAGACCCUGGGCUAUGGCACCGGCGUAAACGUUUACCGCCUGGAUCGCUCGCCCCGCCUCGGCCUUCCUCGUUCACCGUGGGCAAUCAAGCGCAUCACCAAGCGUUCACUGGCAAAUAAGGACUCUAGUUUCAACGACCGCAUUAUCCAUGAGGCAGUGAUCUUGCGAAAACUAAGUCAUCCCAACAUUGUGGGUUUCCGCGGCGAGAUCCAGACGUCCGAUGGUGUCAACAGCCUGGCUCUGGAGAUGUGCAAGACCUCACUGGGCUCGAUACUGGAAGAGCGAUUCGACGAGGAACUGGGACCGCUGGGCGCUAAUCACAUCUUCAGAAUGAUGAUGGACAUUGCCAAGGCGCUGGACUAUCUGCACACCGAGGCCAAGUUGCUCCACGGUGACAUCAAGUCUUUUAAUGUGCUCGUGAAGGGCGAAUUUGAGGUUUGCAAACUCUGCGACUUUGGAGUUUCUCUGCCCCUGGAUGAGAAAAAUGAGGUGAAGUGCAGUGACGAUUCCGGUUAUCGCUACGUAGGCACCAGUCUAUGGUGCGCACCAGAGGUUAUUGACCAAAUGGACACAAUUGACAGCAAGGCUGACAUCUUCAGUUUUGGCCUUGUAAUCUACGAAACAUUGGCCCUCGUGCCGCCGCAUACUCUGAAUGAUAUCAUCGAUGGCGACGAAGGAGGUCAUGAGAGCGUUGUCUGCCUUGGGGACGACUCCAGCGUCGUGGUAAACAGCUCGCUAGAGACGGACGACGACAAGGAGACCGAUCCAAUGCUGAGUAGCCUCGAGUCUGCGUAUGGGACACGACCACCCCUGCCAGAGGCCUUCGAGCUUAGCGACGCCUACAACACCAUCGUCGAGAUAUUCUACUUGUGCACCAAUGGGUUAAGCGAGGAUCGGCCGACGGCCCGCACCAUCUUGGAGUGCCUCCUGAACAAUCCGCCCAAUUCAGGGGAAGCCAACGUUUAAACAAGCUGCUCCUCACAAGCCCCAUCCGCAUCUAAUCUUCCACCGUCUUGCAUUGAAUGUUACCCAUGGUACAUGGUAUCAAAUUGCAUUUAUCUAGAUGUUUCAUAUGUCUUGGAAGUUUAGUGUAUAUCAUGCCCUAACUAAAAAACCAAUAUUUAAUCAAUCAUACCCUUACGGACAAGUAAUAUAAGCCUAUAUAUAAAUAUUGUUAAACAAUCGGAGCAAUUCCCGUACAAGUGAGCUUAGAUGGAGCCAGAAAUGCGCUUCUGAAUCAUUUCAUGGGAUCUGACAGCUCAAAACAUCCUCAUUUUUAGAGCAUGGGAAUGCUCCAAGUAGAAUAUGUAUCCAAAAAGAUGUAAUAAGGGAGAAAUUGACUAUUUUAACUAGAAAACGCUUAAAUCCAGACGAAACUAUUCAUCUGCUCAGAUGUGUGCUCAUAACACCUACUUACCCCAUUUAGAAUAAUAAAAUUGCUUUUAGUUCGAUUACAAUUUCUUAGAUUUAUUAAAAAAUAAUAAUACAUACAUCAAAA